AUCCCCCACACGUAGUCAGUACCUUUUAACCUCUUUCCCUGCUUUAUUUUCCUGAUUAGCACUUAUCACCGUCUUAAUUAUUAUAAUGUUACUUAUUUAUCCUGUUUAUUAUCUGUCUCCACCAUUAGAGUGUAAGCCCUCUGCAGUCCGAGAAUUUUGCCUAUUCACUGCUGUAUCCCCAGGACACCUGUGUGACACAUAGCGGGCACUCAACAAAUGUUUGUUGAAUGAAUGGCAUUCCGAGUUUCAAUCCCUGCCCACCUGUCCAGGCACAGCUCUCACCUCUCCCCUCCCUGCCCUCCAAGCCAACGUAGACCUAACAGCCGAGUCCUGGCACAUACCAGGAUGAUUCACACUUCUCAGCCUUAUCCUGUCUUGUGCCCUUUGUCCCCUGGCCACAUUCCCAGUCUUUUAAGAGUCAUCUCAAGCAGGUGUUCACUGACACCACAGGUGACCCCAAAGAAACUCUUCUGCCUGAAUUUCCACCAGGUUUCUGUGCCCUCUUUUCUCCUAGUACACAGGACACUGGACUCUCUGUGUCUCCUCUGUCUCCCCCACUGCUCUGGGAGCCCCUGGGGCAGGAACCACAUCUUACCUUGUCUUCUUAGCACAAUGUCUGGCACCCAGCCAGCACUCACUAGAUGUACAGUGAAGGAAUAACAAUACUUGCAUUUACUUAAUGUUUUCUCUGCUAAAUGUUCUCACGCUUAAUCCACACAACCUAUGGGGUAGGUAUUAUUCUUAAACCCAUUUUAAGGAUUAUUUAUGUGAGGGUCAGAGAGGUUACGAGUCUGGCAAAGGGCAGACUGGAAUUCCAGAGUUCGUUCUGCGGAACCCUAGAAUUCCCACUGUUCAGCCCAACCUCGAGUGAGUCACUGCUCUUGCUGAGCCUGUUUCGGGUGACAAGGUUGUGGGGAUGGGAUUGGUGGAUACCAUCCAACUCCCAUCUCCUGGGGGAGUUGCCUUUCCCAGGGCCAUCCUCAAGCCAGUUUCAGUUUCCAAGUUGUAAAAGGGAAACUAAGAGGUGAGAAACGAAACCUACAGCAGAAAGGGUGACUAAAAGCCCCGCCUGUGAAGGUGGUUUCACCCAGUGUCCCUCAGUACCCCAGCUGCAGUGAACGGCCUCCAGGAAGAGGAUCCCCUGGUCAGCCAGACACCCUUGUUUCCUCUCCACUCUGGUCCUUUAUUCCACAGGGUGCUGGAGGUCAGCUGAGGAGGAGUCCCCUUAAAGAAGAGUGUGUGUGCCAGGAGCUGGGUAGGUGUGUGGGUAUAUAUCUAGCCACCAGUGGUACUCUCAAGACAGAGAUGGCAGUGCCCCCGGAGCUGUUUGUCACCCCAGCUUCCAGGCUGAACUCCUUCGUGACUGACUGCCUACAUCCCAGCCAGAAGUGGAAAAAAGAGGUGCUGGAGACUGUGCAGACCGUGGAGCAGUUCCUGAGGGAGCAGAGCUUCCAAGGGGAGCAUGGGCUGGACCAGGAAUUGGGGGUGCUGAAGGUGGUCAAGGUGGGCUCCUUCGGGAACGGCACAGUGCUCAGGGACAGCUCAGAGGUGGAGCUGGUGAUGCUCCUGAGUGGUUUCCACAGCUUCCAGGAGGAGGCCAGGCACCACGACGACAUUCUGAGCCUGCUAUGUGAAAAGCUCAGGUAUUGCCAGGACCUCCUGAGCCUCCAGCUCCAGGACCUGAGGCUGGUCCAGGGAGUCCACUCUGCUGUCGCCUUCACCAUCCAGUCCUGGGAGACUGCGGAGCCCAUCACUGUCACCAUCGUGCCGGCCUACAGGGUCCUGGGGCCUUCUGUUCCCAACUCUCAUCCCUCCCCAGAGGUCUAUGUGAGUCUGAUUAAGGCCUGCGGUUCCCCUGGACGUUUCUCCCCAUCCUUCAGCGAGCUGCAGAGAAACUUCGUGAAACACCGGCCCGCCAAGCUGAAGAGCCUCCUGCGGCUGGUAAAACACUGGUACCUGGAGUGCGUGAAAUCCUGGUGCCUUAGGGCCGAGCUACCCCCUCUCUAUGCCCUUGAGCUACUGACCAUCUACGCCUGGGAAGUGGGUACUCAGGAGGAGGCAUGUUUCGGGUUGGACAGCGGCCUGGCCACCGUGAUGAGACUGCUUCAGCAGUAUAAGUUACUCUGUGUCUACUGGACCGACUACUACACGUUCCAGAACCCGAUCAUUGAGGACUUUGUCAGAAAACAGCUCAAAAAAGAGAGGCCUAUCAUCCUGGAUCCGGCUGACCCCACCCACAAUGUGGCAAAAGGCUACAGAUGGGACAUAGUUGCUCAGAGGGCCUGCCAGUGCCUGAAACAGGACUGUUGCUAUGACAACUAUGAUAACCCAGUCCCCAGAUGGAACGUGAAGGGUGCACGAGACAUCCAACUGACAGUGGAGCAGUGGGGUUUCUCGGAUUUCAUCAUCAUGGUGAACCCUUAUGACUCUAUAAAGAAGGUUAAGAGGAAGAUCCAGUGGAAACUGGGCUCCACAUUCCUACAGCGUCUGUCCUUCCAGGAGCCCGGUGGGGAGCGACAGCUCCUCAGUAGCCAGUACUCCUUGGCUGAUUACGGGGUUUUCUCCAACACUCGCAUCUGUCUGCUGCAGACCAUCUCCCCUGAGAUCCAGGUCUUUGUGAAGAAUCCCAGUGGUGGGAGCCAUGCCUAUGCCAUUUACCCUGAAAGCCUUGUCCUGAACCUGAAGCUGCAGAUUGAAGUCAAGGAGGGGCUGCACAGAGAGGAGCAACAGCUAGAGUUCCAAGGCCAAGUCCUGCAGGAUGGGUGGAGUUUGAUGAGCUAUGGUGUCCAAGACAGCACCACCCUCACGCUGAAGAAAGAAGGAAAGAAGAAGAACCCAGCUCGUUCCUCUGAAAGACCUCUCUGUGCAUUUUUGCCAUUUAAUCCAGACCCCAUCAGUUCCACCUAACCUUGCCAGUAGACGAAUGACGAGGGAUAUGAGACACUAGAUAUACAAACGAACAAUGGCCAGACCAUAUUCGACAAUAGAACUCUAACCCACAAGCUCUGCAGCCACCAGCCCGAAGCCAAACCACAAUGCCUGCAUCAAUCAAGCCCAAACCAUCAGGAUUUGGUCAAUAACUGCCAGCUUCCUUAUUCCCUCCCUUCCAAUUUAGGAUCGAUGAAAGAAAGCCAAACAAGCUCCCUAACCAAUCACAUAGGACAGCCUGCUUCUGCUUAGCCCGCCUCCAGCUUCCCUGUGCAAACAGCCUCAGUCAGGGUAUGCCUGAAGCCUUCCCUUUUUCCCACUAUAAAGCUGUCCCACAGCCCUGCUUGCAUUGGAGUCUCUGCCAAAGGCAACAGAUGGUGGCUGAUUCCCUGGCUAUAGCAAGUUGGGAAUAAAUAAUCUUUGUUCUCUUUC